GUGGAUACAGUCCAUCGACAGUCUAUCAGAGGUUAGAAAAUUAUCUUAACCUUAUAUUUCUUUAUAAUAUGUAAUAUAAUAAUGAAGUUGGAAGAGAAACGUAUAUUUAUUAAUGAUUUACCAGAAACGGCUACUCAAGAAGACAUUAAAAAUGCAUUUGAAAAUUAUGGCAAAGUCGUGUCAAUUGAAAUCAAGGAGCGAAAGGAAUUGGGACGCAAGAAUUUGUCUUUAUUUUUUGCCUAUGUUAAUAUUCAAAUAGAUGACAGGAAAUUACAACAAUGUUUUCAGGAUUUCUCAAAUGGUCAGUGGCUGGGUGAAUACAUUCCUUUACAAAUUGCUAGAGAGAGUUUUCUAGAACGAUUAAGGAAGGAACGGGAAAAUAAUGUCUACUCCAACAAAAAUGAAAAUAAUGCCGAUAAUGUUGUACAGAAACAGGUUCCACCAACUGUUAUUGCUAUUGAUGUGGUGAGACUGAAAAGGCAACGUGAAUCACCUUCAGAGAGCGGUUCAUCCGAUUCUAGUGACUCAGAAAGAAUUAAAGUCAAACCACUUAAAAUUAAAAAAUGUGUCGAUGAUGAAAACAUCAGUCCUUUGAAGCCCUCUCUUGAUGUAGAAGAAAAUAAACUACCUGAUUUCAUUAUAAAAAGCAAUAAAGGCAAAAUUUUUGACAAAACCGGCCUUAAAAUACCUUCCGUUGGUAAAGAACCAAUAGUUAAAAUUGAUUUGUCGAAGAAGAAGGUGAGUUCUUCUGAAGACAAUCUUAAGAGAUUGGAAUCUCUGAAGUCUCUUAAGAAAGGCUAUCAAAAUCAAAAACUUAUGAUUAGAACUGCACUGGCAAAUGUUGAUCAUACAUUUAGUAAGAAAAUUAUUUAUGAUGAUAGCAUUAGGCAUUCUCCAAAACAAGCCAAAUCAAAUCAAGAGAAUUCAAAAAAAUCGCUCUUUGAAGAAAAUGAUUCAGAGGAUGAGUUUGAAACCAAUUUUUCAAUUAAAGAACAAUUCCAGGGCAAAAAAGGACAAAAGUUGUUGGAACUUCAAUCGAGGUAUAAAAAUGAUAAAAGGUUCAACUUGGAUUCAAGAUUUCUUGAACCAGAUGAUACAGAGAUGAAGGAAGUUCAUGAGGAGGAUGAGGAUAUUUCACUCGUAGAAGAGAAGAAUAAGGAAUAUGAAAUACUUGAAAAAGUUUUAGGGAAAAGGGUACAAAAAAUGCAGAAUCAAACUGAGAGCCAGCAAAAAAAAAUGUUACGGUUUGAUCCCUCUCAACCAGAACAUUCAAAAUAUGAAAUCCCUAAAGGAGAAAAAAUGAAGAAAAAAAAUAGAAAAUAUGAUGAUGAUUUGCUUGAAGAAAAGAAGGUAGAAGAAAAAGAAGCGCCUGAAGUUUCAAAAGAAAUAUUUUACAAAGUCCCUGAUAACUUCAAAGAGACUUUGCAGACAAACAAUGAGUUCAGUUUUAUGAGCAUGUUUGGAAAACCUCAGGAGAUUGAGGAACAAGAAGAAGAGCAAGGAAAGGAGCAACCUGUAAAAACAAAAAAAUUACCUAACAAUGAACUAGUCAAAGAGAAAAAUCCAUUUCGUUAUGAUUCUUCUGAUGAUGAAGAUGAAAAAGAAGAUAUUUCCACUCCAAAUGACACGAACCAGCAAGAUAUAACAUCAGCGAACCACCAAACAGUAGACACAAGGAGAAAUUUUAUGUGGAAACCUGGAAAAGAAAAAACUGAAUUCACGAAAUUAAGAAGAAACUUGAAAGAAAUUGUGAAGGCAAAAGUUAAAAAUAAUCAAAGAAAGAAUAAACUGUUCAAAAAGAAAUUGGGAGGCAGUAGAAAGAAGAAGGUUAUCAAGUUGAAGAAAGCAAUGAAGAGAUAGCAGUUUUUUUAUUAUGUAGCUGUUUCUAGUAAAAAGUACAUAGUUUUUCAUUUCAUAAUUUGUUGUAGAAUAAACGUCUUGGGUCUCAUCAAAAUUCUUAAAUUCAAAGCCACUGUGUUUUUCAUAUUUGUUAAGGUGUUUUUUUUUGGAUUUCAGAAAUUUGUUUUUACAGCACAUUUCUAUCUUUUUCUUUUCUGUUAUUGUAACAAUUAGAGUCAACUGUUGAUUCUUCAAUGUCAAUCCAAUUUUCUUCAUAAUAAGCUUUCCAAUUUUCCAACUAAGUUUCUAGUGAUUCUAACAUAUCUUCAUUGCAACAAUCUAGAAAAAGGAAUGAAAAGUGUUCUUUCGCUGAUUCCAUACAAAAACACUCUUCCAAAAUAGUAGCCAUGUCAAAUUUCCAUUUCCAACUUCUAAUUUCAAAGAAUCUAAUACACCAAUAGAAUUGUCGGUAUUUUUUUAAUCUGAAUUCCUGUAUGUAAUGAUGCUCAAUAAUGCUCAACAUUUGUUCACAAUUUGGAAAAUUUCCCUUCAACAUUCUCCAACAUACUUUUGUGGAAAAUUUCUAAAUCUUCAGUAUUUUCAUCUGUUGUCAUAAAUUUAAGUUCAUCAUGAAUAUGACAUUUUUCUCAAAUUCUGGCUUCUCUUACCAACGACUUGAAUACUGGCUACUGCUUGGACUUAUUUAAUACUGUAUUGUCACAUACAGCUUGUCAAAUCUAGGAAGAGACUAGAGAAUAAUCUCGCUCUCAUAGUCUUCUAACGAACACACAUCUAGUGGGCGGGACCAUAAUGGAAUUCAGAAAGCUUUUCCUACAUCUGACAAGCUGUACAUAUAUUAUUUAUUUAGCAUAAUACUGCUUCUAUUUUUCUAAAUUUUAUCAU